AUGGUGUUAGGAAGGAUCCUCUCUUUUGCCGUCGCAGCGACGGCCGCAGCUACCAACUAUGGCAGCACUGUCUUCGACACAGACGUAGUCAUCAUCGGCGGUGGCGGCUCUGGGGCGUACGCCGCCGUCCGUCUGCGUGAGGACUUUGGAAAACAGAUCUUGGUUGUUGAGAAAACAUCUCGAUUGGGUGGUCAUACACAAACCUGGUACGACCCAGCCACCAAUAAGCCAUUCAACUAUGGCGUUGAGGCCUUUACCAACAUCUCGGCCUCUGUCAACUUCUUCGCCCGCUUCAACGUGUCUGUUAAACGCCCAGAGUGGGGUCAGGCGCAAAGGUUGUACGCCGACUUCCGGAAUGGCGAGGUGCUCAACUAUACCACUCCGAGCUCCGACGAUGUCACCAGCGCUAUGGCUAAAUACGGCGAACAAUGGAAUCGCUAUGCAGACCUGCUGUUGCCAACCAGUUUUGGGUUUCCCACUGGGGAUGAUAUUCCAGUAGACCUCUUAUUGCCGUGGAAUGAGUUUGCCAAAAAGUACCAUCUUGAGGCUGUCAGUCCCACCAUUUGGAGCACCGUUGGCGUUGAUUUGACCAAAGCCCUCAUGAUUGAUGUGUGGAAAUCGUAUUAUCCCACCGUUACGGGCUUCGCUCCCGCUUCGGGGGAUAAUUCGGAAAUCUGGCACAGAGUUGAGGAGCUUUUGGGCAAGGAUGUCAUGUACGAGAGUCAAGUCAUCUCCACUGAAAGAUCGGACAAUGGGGUGCGAUUGCGGGUGAUGGGCAGGGAUGGUGCCAUCUCUCAAAUCAACGCCAAGCGACUUCUGAUUUCCAUUGGGCCAGAGACAAUGGCCAAAGAGGUUUUCAGUCUCGACGAUCACGAGGUCGAAGUUCUCUCUUCAACCUCGGGCAACCGCUACUACACUGGUCUCGUCUCCCACCCGUCCCUACCACCGCAGGUGAUCGUCAACACCGCCCCGGAGGGUGUCGGGGCCAACUAUCUCGCCUACCCUGCAACCCCAUAUCUGGCUAGUUUCCUGUACAAGGGAAACUCGUCAGCAGGUCCCAUUUACCGAUCAUUGGUCAUUGCAUCAAAGGAGACUGGCUUCGAGGAUGCUAAGAGCAUUGUUCGCAACUCUCUGCAAAAGCUCAUGGAUGCAGGAACGGUGGUCCAGGGUGAUGUCAGCAAGAUAGAUUUCAAGACUUUUGAUGACCACGGAAUGCUCUACAGACGCUGGGAUGCCGAGCAAUUGCGAGGAGGUAUUGUGUCUCAAGCAAAUGCGCUGCAAGGUCUUCGGUCUACUUGGUACACGGGAGCUUACUGGAUGAACAAUAAUGCGGCCAUGCUGUGGAACACGACAGACGCGAUUCUGCCGAAGAUGUUGGUGGGCUUUUAG